GGUCCUCCGGCCCUUUCCGGGAGAGAAUUUAGUGGCGGGAAGAUAAGCCUCUGAGGCUGCAUCUUCCCGUCCCAGGCCGUACCUCUCAGCGCCAGUCAGAAUGGAGAUGCAACCCAGGGAACAAGCGGCCACCGAGUCCCCGGACUCCGGAGGCGGGGAAGGCAGGCCACCACAGGUCGCCGGCGCCCAGGAGGCACGUCCCGAGGACCGCCUAACCCUGCUGCUCAGGCUGAAAGCACAAACUAAACAGCAACUCUUGGAAUAUAAGUCAAUGCUUGAUGCGAGUGAAGAAAAAACUCCAGAACAAAUCAUGCAAGAUAAGCAAAUUGAAGCUAAAAUUGAAGACCUGGAAAAUGAAAUUGAAGAGGUGAAAACUGCUUUUGAAAUAAAAAGGCUUGCAUUACACAGGAUGCAACUUUCGGCUGCACUUAAAAAAAACCUGGAGAAAAUUAACCCCCAGACUAGUGUGCUCAUGGAUAACAUGAAACACAUAUUAAAGCUAAACAAAUUAAUCAUGAAGUCACAGCAGGAAUCUUGGGAUUUGGAGGAAAAACUGCUUGAUGUUAGAAAGAAGAGAUUACAAUUAAAACAAGCUUCAGAAAGUAAGCUUUUAGAAAUACAGACUGAAAAGAACAAACAGAAAGAUGAUUUGGCCAUUAUGGAAAAUUCAGACAAGAUAAAGACCGUACAACAAAACCUACAGACGGAGAUACAAGUUACUACAGUGAUUCAACAUGUGUUCCAGAACCUCAUUUUAGGAAGUAAAGCCAACUGGGCAGAGGAUUCUGCCUUUAAGGAAAUUGUUCUACAGCUUGAGAAGAAUCUCACCAUGAUCAAAUAAGAAUUUCUGUUUUAUUAUCUUUUGUUUCCAUCUUUCAUAUAUCAUUUAAAUAGCAUAUUUCAAGUAAUUUUUUUUAGUGUUUUUGGAACUAUUCUAAUACUGCAAAUUUUUUGUAACUUAACACUAUAAUAUGGAAUCUAUUGUUUUAAAUAUGAUAAUUAAAGUGACUGGCAUACUCCAAAAGAA